GGGUACUGGGGCCUGUCGUGAGAUUUAUGAUUACAAGUACAAGGGGCCCGGAGAGGUCGUCUGUCCCGGGGCCCGGGCUGGCUCUCGGCGGCCCUGGUCACCUCUUCAAUGAACCUGACUGAUGCCGAGGCUGCCAUCAUGCAACAGGCUUUGACAUACUUCCCUCGUGGUGCUCAGCAAGCAACAACAGCACUACUCCAGGAGUACCUCCUGGGGGCAAAUUAUACGACAAACCUGCAGAUUGCCCAGGGUGUGAACCAGAUCUGUUCCGACCUGUACUUCAACUACCCCAUGCUGAAGGAAAGUUUGCUGAGUGCAAGUGUUCCCGGGGCUGCUCGUCAGUAUGUGUAUCAGUUCAGCUACCUGUCCCCUCGCUUAGGUUUCCCCGAGUGGGCAGGUGUACCGCACACAGCCGAAAUUCCGUUUGUAUCCGGCUUACCUUUUGAUGGCACGAAAAACUGGACGGACAAGGACAAGCAGGUGUCCAGCGACAUGAUGGACAUGUGGACAAACUUCGCCAAACACGGUCGUGCUCACCGUCUGUUACACAGAGACCCCACUCCUCUGAACAGCGUCCUUGACCCCACACCUCUGGACUCUGACGGGGUCGUGUGGUUGCCCUACACACCGGCGGUACAGGCGUACCUGAGAUUCGAGACUAAACCGUCACUGAGCUCCCACCUCAACAGAAACAAAAUGGAGUUCUUGGGGAGUCUUUUUGAACAAUAUGGACAAUAGGCAGCUUGUCUGCGGACUUGAGAAAUAAAAUGAAA